CUCUCUAUCUUUUUUUUUUUAUUAUAAACAAGUAACAUAAAUUAGUUGUUUUACAGAACGGGGAGAGUCUUACAUAGCAGGCAAGUUGCGUAUAAUAAAUAAAGAACACCAGAAUGUGAAUCAAGGAUGUUUUGUAUAUAUCGCUUCUGUUCGUUCGCGCAAGUCUAAAGUAAAGUGUUUUGCCGUAUGGUAACUAUGACUACGCUUAAAAGGAGACACCAAUAAUACGUAUGCGUAUCACAAACUUUGUUUCGAGGAAAUCGAAGAAAAUUCCAAAGGAAUCGAUUAGUGAUAGUAAAAAAAAAUCCUCCGUAUCGCGUUAGAAUGAACGACAAAGACGACAGCGCUUGGGUCUUCGAUUCCCUGAUUGGUUUUCUUCAGGGUCCAAUUUGGUCCGCGCCUCUGAUCACUUUCAUCGAAGAGAAGUCACUCAUAUUUGAAGCGGACGUCGAGGAAAAUGAUGAGUAUCAAAAGAUAUAUCAGGAGUACAAAAAUCUGGUGGACUUAUUGCUUGGUUGUUUCAUGGAAGACAUGGGGAUCACUCCGGAGCAAUUCGAGUACGCUUGUACAGUGAAUAAGUAUACAAAAAUGCCUAUACAAUUCCAACAGAACUUGUUCGAGCAAAUAUGGGCGGCGAACGAGUACCAGAUAUUCAAAAGAAUGAUGAUUCAAAAGAAUCUAGAGCUUCAAUUGCAAGCUUUGAAUAUGAUCGAGCAGAAGUAUGGUCUUACACCUGCAUCUUUCAUGUAUGAAGCAGGUGUAUUGAAUGAAGAUCCUUUAGUCAUGGAAGAAAUCAUUCAAAAACACGUUUUGGAGAAUGAUUCGGAAGAAGACAAGAACAUAUCGUCGGAAACUUCGUUGAUCAAAGAACAUAAGCGUUUAACAGCUAAAUAUAACAGCGAACGAGCAUUGUUAGCAGAAGCUCUAAAAGCGUCCCAAGAGGAAAAUACUCCUGAAAGGGAUCGUACACAGUCAUUUUUAAAGGAAGAAGAUGAGGAAAAAGAAGAAGACGACGAAAGCAAAAUCAAAGAGAAAGACGAAGAGGAGGAGGAGGAGGAGGAGGAGAAAGAAGAAAAGAAGGAAGAAGCAGAUAUUCUAAGGUUCCCUAAAGUGGUUCCUCUUGAUUCUAUGUCCACGGACGAAUCAAAAUCAGAAGGACCAAAUAUAUCAGAAGAAGACAUAAGAAAGAGGCAGGCAUAUUUGAAAGCCAGACGCGAUAAAUUGGUAGCUUUGAAGAAAGAAGCAAGAAGUCAACGAUUGGAAAUGAAUCCAUCGAGGCCGAGUUCCGCGAGAUCGGUAGCGGAAGCCACGAUCAAAGGAGAACAAGAACUAAAAUUACCGGAACCUCUGGAACCGUCCAUAUUGCAAGUACGUAAAGUACUCGCUGCUCGCCUCCAAGCAGAGGUAGUGCGUAAGCAAACGAGCCAAUAAUAACGAUUCUCUAACACGAAAGAGAUCGGAACGGCGGUGUUUUAUCCAUAUAAAAUGCUGAUAUUUUAUCCUUUCUUUUUUCUCUUUUUUUCCCUUUUUUUCUGAUAAAUUUCAUGCACAGCGAACUUUUAUACAGCUGCAUCAGCUUUCCUUUUUAUAGACGUUACGUUAUAGUAUUAAGAUAGCGAAGAAGUUUACAUGGAUACAACGUUUACACAUAUUGAAAGAAUUAAAAUGAUCAAACCUAGUAGCAGAAUAAGACUAAAUGAGUAUGUUUAACAAGAACAAAGAGAGUAUAAGUCGUUUCUUUUUUAUACAAUUCCAAAUGUUUACUGUAUCGUUUUUCUUCCUUCUUUUGUUUAAAUAAGUCUGACGAAUAUCGUUACAGUUUGGGUAUAAGUAUAUCUUCGCUUGUGAAUACCGAUAAAAUGAUAAACAACUUCUUAAGGUCACUUGCAUUAUGUUCUCUCAGUCGUUCGAUGAAUUUCGCACGAUCACCAUGCAUCAUCGGCACUAGUUUUACCCGUGAGAGAAAUUUCAUAAUCUGGAACAUGAAAAAAAGUAAAAAAAAGAGCAUAGGAUUCUUGUAAUAGCAAUUUGUAUAGAUCUUUAAGAGGAUACGAGUGAUAUGAAUAAAAAAAAACAAAAAGAGAAUAAUUACUUUUUAAAUAUUUCACAUACACUUCAUAGACGAAAUGAUUUCCAUUCGUAAAUCUUUCGAUAUUCUUUCUUCAUUCCUUUUAUAUACACUAAUUCAUCAAAUUUCUCGUUUGAUCGAUGCAAAGAGAAUAGAAUGCGAAGUUUACGUAAAAAACGUAACACACAGUUUUUAAAAAAUGCUUUCAGAAAAAAUAGGUAUAAAUACGCUGGAAAAUCUGUUUUACAUGUAAUUAUCUAACAGCACAAGUUGUAUAAAUCACAAUUGGACAAUUAGAACUGAAAAAUCAAUGACAAUUACAUUCAUACAAAGAAAUAUCCCUCCUUCAUUUUAUUCCUUGCGAUUAAACAUUGAUUAUGAGGUAAGUAUGACUCCGUUCAUCGACCAAUUCUUUCUAUAUCAUUUUCAGUUUUAUUUAAUUAAAUAUUCUUCGCAUUUCUACAACAUACUUCUAUUCCAUGUAACACACAAUUGUCAUUCUUACUUUUUCCUCCUUUUUACCUGCCCGAUUAUAAAGAUCAAAAUAAUUUCGUGGCGAAAUACGAAUGUUAACUCCAUUUAAUAUUUGAUUAAUAACGUAAUAGAGUAAAUUCAACACUUCUGAAACAAACGUAAAAUAUGGUAAACGUAAAAAUGGUAGAAAACGCGGUACAUGUAAAACUCAAAAUUCAUCAUAUACUUUUCUAACGUUCGAAAACUUAAUUUAAAAUAUAAUUUACGAAACAUGUGGUCAAUUAAAAAAUAUAGAAAUUGGUGGUUUUCGGUAUUCGUCUUCCGCCACUUAUAUUUAGCUCGCAUCUUAUUUAGCUCAUCUAGUCAAUCGUCGUUCAUACUUCACUAGAAUAAAAUGCAAAAUCUUCAUUUGCCACUGAAUUUUCCAUUCAACUAUUACCAUACUACACAUCAAACCAAAGUUUCCUCUGUUAAUUUUUCCUUUCAUGCUUGCUCUUACUUCGCAUGACUUUUUCUUUUAAUUUUUUACGAAUAACUUCUCAUAUAAAAAGGUGUUUCUCCCUCUGACUGUGUGUGUAUGUGUGUGUGUAAUAUGUGUACAUAUAAUUAAAACGUAUUAUAUUCUUAACACGUGGUAUUUUAUUUUUAUAUCAUGUAAUAUCGUACGACAUUACAUCGAACUAUAACGAUUGUAAGAUAUCUCGAUUUCCGCCGGCGCUGAUCUUACAUGAAAUGAUUCACUGCUUUUUUCUUCAAAUUAGAAAGAAAACACAGAAGAAGUAUUUACAUACUAUUUACUGUUUUCAACAGUUAGAUUAAACUGUAUGUGUAUAUAUGUAUAUGUACAUAUAUGAAUACAUAUACAUAUAUAACCAUAAAAAUCGACUUUGUGAUUCUUCCUGAUUCAGAGAAAAUCAAUUUCGUCAAAUUUUAAACCGACUGCAAAAGCGAAAUAUGAGGGGGGGGCGAUUAACUCGUACAUAUUAAAAGAAAAGAAAGCUGGAAUAAUACAGAAAAGAGAAAAAGAUUAAUUGAACUUCUUCUUUCCUAAUCUUCGAAUACUUGAAUAACACGUUUCUUUGAGAAAUGUAAUAUAAAUUCAAAACUUGCACUCGACGAUUUCAUCUCUUUCUUUUUCUUUUCUUUUUUUUCUUUUUUUUUUUUCUUUUGGCUAUACAUGUACGACUCGAAGCACCGGGAUACAAUGAACAUUAAAUUAAGGAAAAGCAAUAGCAAUGAGAACGACGCAUGACAAUGAACAAAUGUGAAAUACAUGUGUACAUGUUAAUGUCUCUGUGUGGGUACGAAAUUUAGCUUUCAUAGCAUUUACGAUCGCACUGUUUACUCUAGUAUCACUUACAAUUAGAUAUCGAUUCAUUUUUUGUUCUUCUUUUCAGUGUUCUUCCCCCUACUUACAGACCAUUUUAAAGCACGUUCAAUGCAAGAUCUUUACCAUUUUUUCUCGCCCCUUGUUAUUAUCGAAUAAAUCACGAAUGUUAUGUAAAACACAUAAAGAAUAACAUUACUCGAUAUCCUCUUAAUUAAUUAAUUGUUAACUUUUUCUACAUUUCAUUUUCAUCCUUUCUCUCGCUCACACACACACGCGCGCGCACGCACACACACACACACACACACUCUCUCUCUCUCUCUCUCUCUCUCUCUCUCUCUCUCUCUCAUGCAUAUUCUCCCUCUCUUUUUCUCUUCCUUAUUUCAUGGUUAAUCCAAGUUACACUCUUCUCUUUUCUUUUUUCCAUUUUUUUCUUUCUUCUUAUGUACAACAUGUAUAUCACUCAGCUCCAGCGAAUUUGCCUAAUUUGAUAUUCACAGGUUUUUUUCGCUUGCCUUUCGUGAUCGAAUUAACUUCUAAGAUUCCUCAUCUUUUUUUAAUAUCAUAAGUUAAUAUAUAUGUAUAUGUGUACAUAAACGGUACGUGUAUGUGUGGUAUUUACGAAAAAUGUCCAAUAUACAUAUACAGGUCUAAAGCAGUCUUAGAAACUCUGUUCAGGGUAUGUGAGGGAACAACGUGAAAAAUUUAUACAGUAGCUUAUAAUACUUCUGCUCCUCUUUUGUUUGAGUUAACUCAACCAAGAUAUGGAGGCACACGUUUCUGAAACGAUAUUAAAUGUUAAAAAAACGAAAUAGGAAAUGAAAAAAUG